AUGUAUCUACCAGAGGAACGGACUGUGUCGGACUUUCCUUACCAGAUGAGUCCUUUGACCCCCAGUUAUGGAUAUUAUUCACAAGACUGUAAGGAACCUAUUUGCCGAAGUCAGCACAGGAUAAACAGUGUUGAAGCAGAACUAACCUCACUGCCUGUUCAUGUAUCACUGCAAUGUCGUGAGCUUUGGGACAAAUUCAGCGGUAUCGGCACAGAGAUGCUGAUAACUAAAUCUGGCAGGCGGAUGUUUCCCAGCUGCAAAGUAACAGUGACGGGCCUGAAUCCUAAAGUGAAGUACAUGGUGAUAAUGGACAUGGUGCCGUUUGAUAACCACAAGUACAAGUGGAAUAAGGAUCAAUGGGAAGUCAGUGGUUCAAGUGAUCCACACCUCCCCAACCGGUUCUUCAUCCACCCAGAUUCUCCUGCAUCUGGCGAUAAAUGGAUGCAGUAUCCGAUCUCCUUCCACAAGCUCAAACUAACCAACAACACACUGAAUUCCAGUGGCCUGGUGGUUCUUCACUCUAUGCAUAAAUACCAGCCUCGUCUACACAUAGUUCAAUCUCCAGACCCCAGUAACCCUUAUGUGCAUGGAGGUUACCUGCGUUUUACCUUUCCCGAGGCUGCCUUUAUAGCUGUUACAGCCUACCAGAACCAGGAGAUUACAAAACUCAAGAUUGACAACAACCCCUUUGCUAAAGGCUUUCGUGACAAUGGAUUGAACAGGAAAAGGUUUAGAGACAGAGAGACCAAGGAUUCAAACCAACAGGAAAAACUGAAUUUGAGUUUGACACAAAAGGAGCAAGUAGGACGGCUGAAGGAGGAAGAGCAUGCGGAUGUGACAGUGUCCAGCUCUGUAGACCACAGCUCUUCAGUGAGUUCUUCAGAUGGGACGCUUUCCUCUAACGUGGUUAAUCCGUUUAUAUCAGCAUUCAUAAACCCAAGCCCUACUGGAUCACCUUCACCCCAUCAAACACACACAAUACUCAGCCUCAAUAACAGAAACUUGAACAGUCCCAAUUGCCUCAGAUCAUCUAGCCUUCAAAAUCUCCAUAUGGCUCUGCCCAUGCCUCAAAGUUCCUGUACCCUAUCCUCCACAGUAGAGAGCAAUCUCAACAGACUUCCAUCUCAGCUCAGCAGUCCUCUAAUUUCUCAUCAUCAUCACCACCAACACAGUCCCAUCAUUCAAACUCCAUGCAGAUCCAUCAUCCAUCCCAUCCAAGCCCAAAAUCCUCAGCUCCAGCCUUAUUUUCAGACCCCUCCCCAUCACACCCGGCAAUGUCCUGAAGUGGACCUCCCUCUCUCUCUGCCUCCCAAACUUAGCCGGAUGCAACUACCUGAAAGUGCUCUCAAGAACCUGGAGAUGACGCCUGCUCACUUCAAACCCCUCACCAACAUCCUCAACAGGACCCAGGUUCGAGCAUUCGCCUCUGAGAAGGUCCAACAAAAUUUCUCCCAACACGAGCAGUACCCCAGAGAGACAGAAAGGGAGCUUCGUCCACAGAUUUAUCCAGAUGUUCAGGAGUACAUUGGUCAGCAAUUUGCAUUAAACAGCAUGCAGGCUCAACAAGCAAGAGACAAUCAGGAUGAUCACAGAUUACAGAUUGACUUUUCCUAUGCAAGACCACCCUUUGAAUACUACAGUAAACAGCACAAUGGAAAAUAAUUUUUUUCUUUUCAGUUAUUAACCAAAUUAUGUCCCAUUUUGUUGCUUUUUUACCAAAAGUUUGCAUUCUGUGUCAAUUUUUCAGCCAAAGUAUGUAAAUAUAGUUUUCUGUGGCAUCUGAGAUUGUUGCUUUCUUUAAGUUAAGCGUCGUCCCGUAUACGGGACCCCGAAGUUUACUUCAAUAUUGUUGAUGUAAAUUUAAAUAUAUCACUACAAACUAUAUAUUGUUGGAAAGGUAUAAGCAUCUAAAAUAGACAUUUCAACAGUGUUUUAUAAAAUAGAUUAUGUAGGGAGAGUAAUUGAUUCAUUUAUGAAGAGAGUGCGCCUCAAAACAUUUAUAUCCUGCUAAAUGUUACUGUC